CGAAUUUGUUAAUGCUGUUAAAAAUUACGGGUAUAAUCGAGGAACUAAAGAAACGUAGAACAUGGAAGUUAUUGAGAGCAACAGAUUUCGAUUCGUUGAUGUAUCCUUGUUUUUUCAUCUUCUGGCUACUCGGAUAUUUUCCUUAUAAGUACGAACAUCAAGUAUACUCACUUUCGAAGAGCCGUUUCGCUUUUUCUACGUCUAUGAUGUUCAUUUUCGUAUGUUCGUUAAUGAUCACAAUCUAUGAAAUAAAUAUUGGCAUGAAAACAAACAAGAGUAUACCAGAGUCGAUUCAUGUGAACAUGUACUUGUUCUUAGAUGGAUUCGUGUUCGUGGUGAUGUAUUUGUUAACUGAUGCUCGAUUAUUAGUGAUUCAAAAUCUGUCAAGAACUAGUUGCAUACUGUCUACAAAGGAUUUCAAAGAUUUGUCUAAAAUGAUUCACACGAAGGACAUAUUAUGUCUUCUAUUUCUCGGCAUCCAUAUACCAAACUGUUUUAAACACAGUAUUUUCCUGACUUUGCUGAAUUUUAUUGGCAUGUACAUAAUGAUGGCCAAUCUUUCAAUAGACAUGCUCUACAUAAAUUGCACAUGCAUUUUGAAAGAUUGCUUUAAGAAAAUGGAUGAAUCUAUACGACAGCUGAAGAAGCUUCCAAUGAAUAAUGAUAUAUGGAUGCAGACGUUUGUGCAUCAUAGACAGCUAAGUCCAUUGUUGGUGGUGGAACUGAAGAAUUUGAAGGAGAAACAUUUGGAAAUCAGCGAUGGAUUGGAAUUGCUGAACAAUACGUUUAUGAUACAUAUUACAGUCGCAGCUAUUACGACCUUCAGCGUGGUCACUUUUAAUAUAUAUUUCUAUAUAAUUUCUUUAUAUAGUAAAUUUCCUGCGAGCAGCAAUUUCUGGUACAAACCGUAUGUCACGCCAGCUGCUUUCUAUUUUAUCAAGUUUUGGGUGAUGAUUUGGGCAUGUGAAACAGCGACGAAUCGAGCGAGAAAAAUGAAGACGACACUUUGGGAUGUUUUCAGUGCUACUAACGAUCCAUUCGUGAAACGCGAGGUGGAGCUUUUUUCUCUGCAAAUAAUGCACACGACAAACAUAUUCACAGCAAAGACAUUCGAUAUGAAUUCGUCAUUUUUCGCAAAGAUCGUCGGAGGUAUCAUAAUGUACAUCUUGAUCCUGUUUCAAUUUUUAUUAAAUUACGUUGUGUGCACUUUUCGUAUGUAAUGAAAGUUAGAUCUUUGAAGUGACGUGAUUCUGUAGGCGCAUGUGUUCUUUAUUGAUUCUUUGGCUGUCUUCUGUGAGACCAUACGUUGUUUCCAUGCGCGGACACCUGUAAUGAUUCUGCAUUUGCUUGGUUAUUUAUAAAUGGUAAAGCGUGUGUAUAAGUGUGAUCACUAAAUGACAGGAUUUAAGCGAGCUCAGUAAUUACAAUAUCGCGAAAUAAUCUUGCAACGCUUUCUUUUAAUUUAUGAUAAUAGGGUAUUCUACUCUUAUUACUGAAUGGUACCGUCAUAUGGUAACAUUGAAAUUUCAAUGUCUAGAGAUUUGAUUAAAAUUUUUAUAAAAGUGAUUCGAUAGCUUAAUAUUUUAGAGACUUUCCAUGUUGGCCAGUUACCACAGUUAACAUUUAACAAAUUUUGAAAAUAUAUUUCCUCUGGUUUAGUGUAACACAAUUAUGUAAUAUAGUUACAUAUCUAAAUUUAUGUGAAAUUUUAUAAUUUAGUUGCGAUAAUUAUCAAAUAAGUACAAAUAUAUUUUUAAAAUACUAUUGUACUAUCGUGGA